AUGAAGCCAGCAGAGAUCAGAUUCUCGCUACAGAGACUUCUGCAACACAGAGAUCCAACCAUGGCACCUACAAUUGCUGCACCAAUGACUACUUCAACGGAUAAUUUGACUCUAACCCACAAGCUCAGAAAGCCUCUGGUGGAGAAGUUACGCAGAGAGCGAAUCAACACCUGCAUUGAACAGCUCAAGUCUCUUCUGGGUCCAGAGUUCCUCAAACAGCAGCCAGAAUCCAAACUGGAGAAAGCAGACAUCCUGGAGAUGACCGUUUGCUUACUGACACAGCUACAGCUGCAGAGAAACCUGGUGACGCACUCCAACAAGCUGCAGACUGCCUCUGAUGAGAAGCUAAGGGAAGUUGACCUUUGUCUUCUAGGCUCCACUGUUCAGACCAGCAUCACCCAAUGCUCUCUGGAGAGAAAAGACAACAGCGUCCUCUGGAGGCCGUGGUAGAAAACUCACACUGGAGUCCAUACCAGACAAGCGAAACAGACCAUAUUGGUCAGACAUGACUGGACUGAAUUGUUUAAAAUUCUGUGGACUUUUUCUUCUGUAUGUACAGAAGGCUUUACUGUGUGUGUGUGU